UAUGGCCGUCAAGAGAAUAUUAAUUUUGAUAAGCAAACGAUCUUUUUAUGUUAUUUAAAAAAUGUUAUCAACUUAAUUAGGGUGUAUGAAAGACGGCCAGUCUGUCUCUUUUAUUAUUAUGGCCUGAUUUCGUGCAGAAAUUUUUAACAAAGGUUUUUAAUUUAAGUUGUGAGUGGAAGAUGAGUGGUGGGCUGGCACCGAGCAAGUCAACAAUUUACGUUGGAAAUUUACCUUAUUCUUUGACAAACAAUGAUCUGCAUAAGAUUUUUGAAAAGUACGGCAAAGUAGUCAAAGUGACGAUUGUCAGAGACAAAGUAUCGAGAGAAAGUAAAGGCGUCGCUUUUAUUUUGUUCUUGGACAGAGACUCAGCUCAAAAAGCUGUCAGUGCUAUCAAUAGGAAACAAAUGUUUGGUCGUACAAUUAAAUGUUGUAUCGCGAAGGACAAUGGCCGUGCUACUGAGUUCAUUCGCAAGAAAUAUUACCCAGAUAAAUCACGUUGCUAUGAAUGUGGGGAUGACGGCCAUCUCAGCUACAACUGUCCGAAAAAUAUGUUAGGAGAUCGCGAGCCCCCUCCGAAGAAAGAAAAACGCAAAAGAAAAUACGAAGACGAAGAUACAGCAGCGAAUUUUGAAGAUGAAGACGACGACGAGGAUUACAUCGAGGAUCCUUAUAACGACAGCUUGAGCGCGGCUAUUGCAGAGUCGGCAGCUUUAGCUGAACGCGAUCGAAAGGCGAAUCAAGGGGAGAGUUCAUCACGUCAUGCAAAACACAAGAAAAUCAUCAAGAAAGACUCGUAUUUCAGCGAUGAAGAGGAUGUAGACUAACUCAGCUUGUGAAUAAGGUGUAGGCAAUGGUGUGUUGGAGUUGGACUCUGACCUGAUUUUUUCAGGGGGGUACCACCCCAGGGGAUUUUUGUGGGGGUGAGUGCCAUGUGUUUGGCAAGACACUGUUUGGCAACACAAUGUUAUAAAUCUGCAUUCUGUUAUGAAAACUGGAUUAAUUUAAUCUCUUCAAACCCCUAAG